GAGCCUGGGCCGAUCCCGGGUCCAGCUCCAGGGAGGGGUCUGGAACUGCUCUUGGCCUUCCUCCUCCCGGAACCUCUCCUACUCGCAGACUCGCCCCUUGACUUUGCUCAGCAUCCUCCAUUAACAUUCCCCUUGCUCAGCCACAUGUUGCCCAGUGUUUAGUGCUAUCUGCCUUAGUCUUCUCAUCUGUAAAAUGGGGCUUUUAGAAGUGCUUGGGCUGCUGCCCCAGGCUAGUGGCGCCCCUCCCCGGGAGGGCUAUGAGAACCUAGGGCUAGAUUUGUCCCAGUAUGGGAUGUGUAGGAGGCACUCGCCCUUCCCUAUUCAACCCAUCUUUGAACCCUUAGGAGCGCGGGGGCGGGGAGAAGGCGGACAUGGAAGGAAAUGAGUGUUAAUUCUGCCACGUGCCGCGCUCGUGGAAACGAGGCAAAGCCCCGGAGGACUGGGGAUUUCGCCAGCGAUUUAAGGGCUCUGGGGCACAGUCCUGCCGGAGCCUCUGUUUGCGGAAAUGCGGGGUGGGAGAAGACCCGACAAGCGCCAAAGAGCCGGUGGGAAACCAGAGGACAAAGAAGCCUCCCUUCGGCCGCGCCUUUGUCCGCGCGCCUGACGUCAUUGCCCGAGAUUCGCCCCUCCCACCACUAGGCGUCACGUGGCGCGUCCCGUCCCAGGAGCGCCCUGACUUCCGGCGUGGUGGGCGCCAUCUUAAUGAAAGUCCUUGCUCCCCGGUCCGAGCUCCAGUUAGGCCGGAAGUGGACGCCGACGGACGCGCAGACGUGUGCACGCGUAGCCAACAUGAUGGAGGCGUCCUGGCGCGUUCUGGCCGAGGCGCGCCAGCUGCUGAGGCGGCCCGCGCCUGGGCUGAUUCCACGGAGGCUGCGGCACAAGAAAAAAUGGGCCUCCACAGAGCCAAAGUUCUCCUCCGCCCGCUUGGCCCUGCAGAAUUUUGAUGUGAACUACAAGGUGCAGUUUGGAGACCUGUGGCCCUCCAUCCGGGUCAGCCUCCUCUCGGAGCAGAAGUACGGGGCUCUGGUCAACAACUUCUCCACUUGGGACAAAACCGCCUCCGAGUUAGAGCAGCUCAAGGCCAAAGAUUUUGUGAUGGAGGCACAGAGAAGGGGCCAGCAGGAGGCCCUCUCCAAAGAUCCCAGUGCCCCUGCCCUUCCUCCAGAGCUUGAGACACCCCCCCCGCCAGCAACCCCCUGGCCCUGCAGCCCCAACCUGCGAUGCUACACGUUCACCAGAGGGGACAUCAGCCGCUUCCAUCCAUCCAGGGCCGGCAGCCUGGGCCUUCUUGACUACUACCUCCUGGAUGCCUCCUCCUUGCUGCCUGUGCUGGCUCUAGAUGUGCAGCCGGGUGACGCCGUCCUUGAUCUGUGUGCUGGGCCCGGGGGGAAGACGCUGGCCCUGCUCCUGACCGGCUGCUGCCGUCACCUGACAGCCAAUGACAUCUCUGGCUCCCGAACCAGGAGGCUGAGGCAGGUUCUGCGCAGCUACGUACCCCAGGAUGUGAGCCAGGUGCGAGUCACGUCCCAGGAUGGAAGGAAGUGGGGAGACCUAGAGAGGGACACUUAUGACCGGGUGCUGGUGGAUGUGCCCUGUACCACUGACCGACACUCGGUGCUGGAGGAGAACAAUAACAUCUUCCAGCGCUCGCGGAAGUCCGAGCGCCAGAUGCUGCCCAUGCUGCAGGUGCAGCUCCUGGUGGCUGGCCUGCUCGCCACCAGGCCCGGAGGGGCGGCCGUCUAUUCCACUUGCACCCUCUCCCACCUGCAGAACGAGUAUGUUGUGGGCGGGGCCGUCGACAUUCUGGCCAAUCAGUACCAGAUCCACGUCCAGGUGGAAGACCUGAGUUGCUUCCAACAUCUCUUCCAGGACACCUUCUCCUUCUUCCCAUCGUGCCGCAUGGGAGAGCUGGUUCUCCCCAUCCUUUGGGCCAACUUUGGACCCAUGUACUUCUGUAGGCUACGGAGACUGACUUAGCAGCUUGGCUGCCUGAGCCUCCUUCCCCUGCAGAACUCCUGUGGAUUUCCAGCACAGAGGCCCAGGAGGACCCGGGGAGGAUGGGUGGGAGAUGGUGGGAAAUGGGAUGGCACCCCCUCCAUUCUGCCUCCGUGACUCAGGGCCUGAUUUACUUUGCUGCCUCCUGAGAGAGCAAAGGGAGGGGCCGGCCUUCCAGCGGGCACAAGGAACAGUUGGGGGAGGCUCUGGCACAGUCCGGGGCACAUCACUCAUAUCGAUGGCUUCCUCUCUCCCUUGAAGAUCCGGAAGACUUAGGGCUCCUUACCCCUCUAGACCCACAACAGUGUUAAUGGGACUGUGGGCAGAGCAGAGUGGCUGCUUCAGCUUUUGUUUCCUUAAAGUCCAUCACAAUGCCUGGCAUACAGUAGGUACUUAAUAAAAGCUUAUGGAUUGGC